GCAUCCCCAAGUCGAUCCGCAGACCCACUCGGAUUCUCCCAGACAGAAUCGCAUGAUUGACUUCCUCCAUCCGACCGCAUCCCGCAACAAUGGCCCAUUACCACCAUCAUCACCACCCACUACAGCCCAUUUAGUGCUAUAUCCUCGAAUGAAAUGGCUUGAUCUUAUAUAUUCAUAAAUAUUUUGGAUAUACACCCACGGGACCCGCCACAAUGGCACUCCCUAAUCUAACCACCCUCCUCACAUGGACCUUCUACUUCAUCCCGCUGUACCUCUUCGUCUUUGCGCCUCUCGCCCGGACAUUCUUCCCAUCGCUAGAUACUGACUUGGGGGUGUUUGACGAGGGCGAGGAUGGCGAGUAUGAGUACGUGUAUGACACAGAUGGACUCAAUCUCGCCGACGACAGCUUCAUCAGUCCCGAGGAUGAUGUGCCUUUCUCCUGUGAGGUGGAUGGGUAUAAGACGCAUAUACUACAGAGACAGCCAUUGGUGAUUUAUAUUGAGAAUUUUGUACGGGAUGACGAGGCGAGUCAUUUGGUUGAUGUCAGUGUCGGGAAAUACACUCCCUCAAUAAUCUACGACGGCAUAACCGAACGAGUCGAUCCCACCACCCGUCUCUCCGACCGAGCCCUCCUCGAUCGGGACAACGUCGUGCGGUGUCUCGAGGAACGCGCGCGCGCGUUCCAAGGUUGGCAACCACACCUAUACAUCGAGCGGAUGUGGGCUCAGCGCUACAACGCCUCGGGCCACUACAAGAACCACUACGACUGGGCGGGGUCGCUUGCGCGCGGCGGCGACCGGGUGAGCACGUUCAUGGUGUACCUAUCAGCGGAGUGUGAGGGGGGCGGGACAAAUUUCCCGCGGAUGAAGAGGCCGGUGAGCGAGAAGUGGUGUCGGUUUAUCGAGUGUGGGAGCGAGCAAGAGGGGACGACGUUCAGGGCUAUCCAGGGAAAUGCGAUAUUUUGGGAGAAUUUGAGGCCGGAUGGGAGGGGGUAUGAGGAGACGUGGCACGGGGCGAAUGCGGUGACGGCAGGGACGAAGGUUGGGUUGAAUAUUUGGAGUUGGUAUCAGCCUCCUAGGAAGAGAAGGAUACGGCGAAAUGAUGGAUGAGAUGGGAUGUGUGUGUCUGUGAGUGGGAUGGGAAGAUGGAAGAUGACUGCAAGGAUAGCGCUUGGGCCGACGGAUGGAAUGUCAUCUGGAUCGUUUAACUCCA